AGCGUAAUUACAGUUCAUAUCUGAAAAUCCAAAACAUUUAAAUAUCCUUUUAUUCAUCCAACUUCCAAUAUUUCACCGUCGAUUACAAUUUCCGUCUACGAUGUCAACGGCGAGAGCCGGUAACGAUGAGAGCUCUAACGGAGUCGACCCGACUCCGUUACUUUCGGACCCGGUCUUUAUGAGCCGACGUUUAGCGCGACGCGCCCCAAGCCUAAGAGGAGCGGCUCGAUUUCUGCGACGCGCGAGUAGCCGUCGAAUGAUGCGUGAGCCAUCAAGGCGCGUGAGAGAAGCUGCAGCUGAGCAAAUAGAAGAACAACAAAGCGAUUGGGCGUAUUCUAAACCAAUAGUGAUAUUAGAUCUUAUCUGGAACUUAGCUUUCGUUAUUGUUUCAGUUUCUGUGUUGAUUUUGAGCCUUGAUGAGUCACCGAACAUGCCUUUAAGGCUUUGGAUUAUUGGAUAUGCGCUACAGUGUUUGCUUCAUAUGGUCUGUGUUUGUGUUGAGUAUUAUAGAAGACGUAUUCAGCUUAGCGAGGAAUCAUCGAAUUCUGAGCAGAGAAAUGCUGCUGCUGGAGGCUGGAAUAGUUCGAGUGACGGAAGUGAUGGAGGGGAAGCUGCUGAUUAUCAGUCCGAAAGGCGUCAAAAUGAGGAUGAAACUAGUGUUGCUAAGCAUCUGGAGUCUGCAAAUACCAUGUUUUCUUUCAUUUGGUGGAUAAUCGGUUUCUAUUGGAUAUCUGCUGGUGGUGAAACUUUGACCCAUGAUGCACCUCAACUUUACUGGCUUUGUCUCACAUUUCUAGCAUUCGAUGUAUUUUUUGUUGUUAUAUGUGUUGGUGUGGCAUGUCUCAUUGGAAUUGCUGUUUGUUGCUGUCUCCCAUGUAUCAUCGCUAUUUUAUAUGCAGUGGCAGACCAGGAAGGAGCAACCAAGGAAGACGUUGAGAGAUUGCCUAAAUACAAGUUUCGACGACUUGGUGAUUUUGAAAAACAAAAUGGCGAGAUUCAAGAAUCAUUUGGAGGAGUAAUGACUGAAUGUGACACUGAUACACCCAUCGAGCAUGUUCUUCCGCUGGAAGAUGCUGAAUGUUGCAUUUGCCUUUGUGCCUAUGAAGAUGGAAUUGAGCUGCGUGAGCUCCCUUGUCGUCACCAUUUUCAUGCUGCCUGCAUAGACAAGUGGUUGUACAUAAAUGCAACUUGUCCUCUUUGCAAGUUCAAUAUACUUAAAAAUGGCAACCAGAGCAGCAGUGAAGAAGCAUAAGCUUGUGUAAUACUGUAUAUGCAGCCAUCACAAUGAAGAUCUUGUUGUACCUCUGGGUGUUUGUACCUGGUUCAAUCUCUAGUAGGUGCUUGUAUUCAUACGUCCUAGCACUCGCUUCUCUUGUCAUGUUGAGUGUGUUUUUGUGGGCUUACAUGUCUGUAUAACUUUCUUGUUCUAUGUCUCAUGUAGAUGUUUAAUUUAAUGUGAGUUACAUUUAUGAAAUCUCAUCAUCUUGUAUCUUGAUGUUUUAUACGACUCACAGAAUCAUGAAUGUAAAGGUAAUCGGACCUAUUUUCUUCUUUCC